AUGAGGUCAACUCAACUUACUCUCCUGCUGUCUUCCGCCCUCCUCGCCCACUCACUGAUGCCCAUCUCCAUCUCGCUCCACAACAGGGGCCGCGGCGGCAAAGCGAUACCGCCGCCCAUCAGCGCCGACGAGGUCCAACGGCCCAUCAUGGACGGCCCAGGCCCAGCACUCCCACCCGGCACGUCCCAUGACGACCCAAGCGGCCCUCAGGACCCUCCUGCCGGUGGCCCAGGGACGGUGAUCCUGUCGGACGUCAUGGGGAAAGACCGAAGCAUAAACGUCUUUGCGAGCCUCGUCCGGGAUGUCGACUCCCUAUCGCGCCGACUCGACGACUCGUCGCAGAACUCGACAGUCCUCGCGCCGCUGAACUCAGCGAUGGACAAGCUGCCGCGCAAGCCGUGGGAAGACCCCAGUGAUUAUGACAAGCUGGGCGUCGAUGCAUAUGAGGGCGACGACGGGAGGGAGCGGGCGCAAAAGAAUAUCAGGAGGUUUGUCGAGGCGCAUGUGGUGCCAGAGAGCCCCUGGAACGAGGGUGUCAAGGUUAAGACCCUCGGCAGUGAUGGCACCGAGAUAUGGUGGGAGAAGAAGGAUGGCAAUAAGGUGAUACAACCUGGGAAUAUCGAGGUUUCCACAGUAGCGAGUUCGGUCUCAAACGGUCAAGUUUGGAUACUCAAGAGUGCUCGGAAUUAUUCAUAA